AUGAUGAUUUCCUACGCAGUGGGAACAGUGCCAAUGGCUAAGCCCUCGUUUAUCCGAGCCGAGCAGCCGCUGCCUACGGAUCUCGCCGCGGACCGUGCAGCUCCCAGUGGAGGCGGCGCCGCCACCUCUCGCCGCCGGAACAUCGUAUUCGUCGUCAAUCCCCGAGGAGCUAAUGGGAGGACUGGCAUGGAGUGGAAGAAGCUGCUGCCUUCCUUAAGGUCACGCCUGGGUUCUGAUUAUAACAUAUGUGAAUCUUUGACUUCUGGACCUUUCCAUGCCAUUGAUAUUACAAGGGAGGCUAUACGAGAAGGUGCUGAUGCAGUGAUUGCGGUUGGAGGAGAUGGAACUCUUCAUGAGGUUGUUAAUGGGUUUUUCUCGGGUGGAAAACUUGUUUCUAAUAGCGAUCAGUCUGUCCAUGCAACUGCUCUUGGUCUAAUUCCACUGGGAACUGGUUCUGACUUUGCUAGAACAUUUGGUUGGAAUAACGAUCCUUGUGAUGCCAUUGAACGUAUUUCUAAAGGAAUUCGAUCCCGCAUUGAUGUUGGAGUUAUUACUGGAGAAAGCGGAGAACCACACUAUUUUGUUAAUGUUGCUGAUAUUCAUUUGAGUGCGAAGGCUGGUUAUUAUGCAUCGAGAUACAAGAAGUUUGGAAAUCUCUGCUACGUAAUUGGUGCUUUGCAAGCUUUUUUCAGUCACCAUAACCGGGACCUUAGAAUAAAGUUCGAUAAUGGUGAAUGGGAAGUUUACCCUAAGGUAACAGCUCUUUGCGUUGGGAAUGCUAAAUAUUUUGGUGGGGGAAUGAAGAUUACACCAAAUGCCCACCCGUCUAGCGGCAACCUUGAGGUGGUUAUUCUUCAAGACUUCAAAUGGUAUGAUUUUGUCUUCAAACUGCAUAAGCUAUACAACGGCACACACUUAUCAGUGAAAAACGUAUCGUCAAGAAGUGUAAGUUCAAUCGAGAUCGAGGAGGUUGUCAGUAGUAAUAGUAUUUUUGUCCAGUCUGAUGGGGAAUAUCUAGGAUUCCUUCCAAAAAAGUUUAGCAUUUUGCCUGGUGCUAUUGACAUGAUAUGUUAG